AUGCUGGGUGAACCACUGCUGUUAUACUUGUCUGUUGAAGAAAUGGAAAUGGGAUCGAUGGUAGCACAGAUUGAUCAGAAGAAUGGGAAAGAGCACACAGUCUACUACUUGAGCAAGAAACUGCUAGAGUGCAAAACUCGCUACACCCCUUUGGAGAAGACAUGUACCGCCCUGGUGUGGGUAACUAAGAGAUUAAGGCAUUACAUGCUUUUGCAUCCAAUCCAACUCAUCUCAAGGAUGGAUCCGAUAAAGUACUUGUUUGAAAAGCCAGUGCUGGCUGGGAGGAUGGCCAGAUGGCUGUUGUUAUUAUCAGAAUUCAACAUAACUUAUGUCAACCAAAAGUCUGUGAAGGGGCGAGUAGUCUCCGACCAUCUAGCCGCACAUCUAGUGGAGUUGGAUUCACGACCAAUGGAAGUUCUUUUCCCGGAUGAAGACUUAGCAUGCAUGGAAGAAGAAGAGUGCAAAGACUGGUGGCAGUUGUACUUUGAUGGCGCAACCAAUCAAAGAGGAUAUGGGGCCAGAAUAUUGUUGAUAACCCCUGAAGAUCUUUAUCUUCCUUCUGCUUUUCGAUUAGAGUUCCCAUGUACCAACAACAUUGCAGAGUACGAAGCAUGUGUGAUUGGCCUCGAGGCCGACAUCGCAUUGGGAAUCAAGAAGUUAAAAGUGUAUGGGGAUUUGUCAAUCGUAAUCUGUCAAACUCAAGUAAGAUGGAAAAAGAAAGAUGAAAUGCUGAAACCCUAUCAAGAACUCUUGGAGGGGAGGAUCAAGAAUUUUGAAGAAAUCACAUUUGAAUAUUUGUCAAGAGUCAACAACAAAUUUGCAGACGCUUUGGCCACCCUCGCCUCAAUGGUGGAAUGCAGCUCAAACGCCCAAAUCCGACCAUUUCUGGUGGAUAAGCAAUGUGAGCCAGCAUAUGAAGAAUCAGUGAAUGCCUUGACAGCUGAUGGGAAAGAGUGGUUCACACCCAUAAUUGACUUCAUCAGAUAA